AUGUCCAGUGGCACCGAUGCCGACCCUUCUGCAGCAGAUUACAGUUCGGCUGACAGUGACAGUCUCUCUGCCCUUGAAGCUGAUGAAUUAGGGGUUUCUGAUUCUGAUGAUGAUGAUGAAGCCCAUCAAGAGCAUGUAAAGAAUGACACCCAAUCUUCUUCCUCCUUGCCUGAUAGAUGGCAUGUCUUGGGCCUCGGCCAAGCUAUGGUGGACUUUUCUGGUAUUGUUGAUGAUGGAUUUCUUGCUAGACUUGGGUUGAACAAGGGAACAAGGAAAGUAGUGAAUCAUGAAGAGAGGGGUAAAGUUUUACGGGCCAUGGAUGGAUGCAGCUAUAAAGCUGCUGCUGGUGGUUCUCUAUCUAACACAUUGGUGGCCUUGGCAAGGCUUAGUGGUCAAACCAUUGGAGGGCCUUCACUCAAUAUUGCAAUGACAGGCAGUGUUGGAAGUGAUCCGCUUGGUGGAUUCUACCGUUCGAAGCUCUGGAGAGCAAAUGUGAAGUUCCUCUCAACACCGGUGCAGGAUGGAACAACUGGAACCGUCAUUGUUCUCACAACUCCGGACGCUCAAAGGACCAUGCUCUCAUACCAGGGCACAUCUUCACGUGUGAACUAUUGUCCUAGCUUGGCGAGCUUAAUAUCCAAAACAAGUAUAUUGAUUGUCGAAGGAUACUUAUUUGAAUUUCCCGACACAAUUAAAACAAUUGCAAGGGCGUGUGAGGAGGCCCACAGAUGUGGAGCUCUAGUAGCUAUCACGGCUUCUGAUGUCACCUGUAUUGAGAGACAUUAUGAUGAUUUUUGGGAUAUUAUGGCAAAUUAUGCAGACAUCAUCUUUACAAACAGUGAUGAAGCCAGAGCCUUUUGCGGUUUUCCCUCAAACGAAGGCCCUGUUUCUGCCGCGAGGUACCUAAGCCAUUUUGUUCCGUUUGUCUCGGUAACAGAUGGCCCUAAAGGUUCGUAUAUCGGUGUAAAAGGAGAAGCUAUUUACAUUCCCCCAUCGCCAUGUGUCCCGGUAGAUACUUGUGGAGCUGGGGAUGCCUAUGCUUCUGGCAUAUUGUAUGGUUUAUUACGUGGCGCGUCCGAUUUGAGAGGUAUGGGCACCUUAGCUUCUAAGGUUGCAUCCACAGUUGUUGCACAACAAGGGACCCGGUUGAGAGUACAAGAUGCUGUCGAGUUAGCUGAAUCGUUUUCGUUCCAUCAUGAAAGUUCCACUAUGUGA